AUGGGUCUUUUUUCAAGAAAACGGGAUCAUACGCCUGCUGUGCCUAAGGAGAAACUUAUUCCAUGUGAUAAGAUAUUCUUGGAACCUCCUGCCAAGUAUGGUAACGCUACUCCACCGGAACCACUCUUGGAAGAUCAAAAUGAGAAAUAUAGAGCUGUCUUGCGACAUUUCCAGGACGAUAGCCUGAAAUUGCCAGAGAAUCUCAAUGAUCUUGAUAAUGGGACUCAUGUUAAUGCAAGACCUUUAACUGAUUGGGAAAAAUUUUGGCUCUCUAGAGAGUGUUUGUUAAGGUACCUGAGAGCUAAUAAAUGGAACACCGCCAACGCUAUCAAGGGUGUAACCAAAACUUUGGUCUGGAGGAGGGAAGUUGGGCUUACACACGGUAAAGAAGAUAAAGACCCUCUAACUGCAGAGAAAGUCGCGGUUGAGAAUGAAACAGGUAAAGAAGUUAUCUUAGGCUUCGAUAACGCCAAAAGACCUCUCUAUUACAUGAAGAAUGGUCGUCAAAACACAGAAUCCUCGUUUAGACAAGUUCAACAAUUGAUCUAUAUGAUGGAGACUGCAGUAACUGUGGCUCCACAAGGAGUGGAAAAAGUCACGGUCUUAGUAGAUUUUAAAAGCUAUAAAGAGCCAGGUAUUAUUACUGAUAAAGCUCCACCUAUUUCAAUUGCUAGGAUGUGUCUGAACGUUAUGCAAGAUCAUUAUCCUGAAAGGUUGGGUAAAUGUGUCUUAAUUAACAUCCCAUGGUUUGCAUGGGCUUUUUUAAAAAUGAUGUAUCCGUUCCUUGACCCUGCGACUAAAGCGAAAGCUAUCUUCGACGAACCAUUUGAAAACCACAUAGAACCAUCUCAGUUAGAUGCUCUAUACAAUGGUCUGUUGGAUUUCAAAUAUAAACAUGAAGUUUACUGGCCGGACAUGGUUAAGAAAGUUGACGAUUUACGAUUGAAACAUUUUGAUAGAUUUUUAAAGUUUGGAGGCAUUGUUGGAUUAAGUGAAUAUGAUACCAAGGGCCAACAUGACGAAUUGAAAUAUCCUGUUGAUAUGGUCAUUCAAUGA